UGGAGAACUUUGAACACAGAGAAAUUGAUCCUCUUUUGCGGGCAUCAUAAAUCCAAGGCCUCGAUAACGGCUCUCGACCAUUCGUUUUAUUAGGGAAGCAAUUGGCCAAUCCGAGCGUUUAAGCAGUGUCACCCUGAUAAGAAAGCCUCGCUUCCAGUUGGUUCUCAGCUCGUCAUCGAAUGCCGACAUCACGUAGAUCAAAUUCGAUAGAUUAUUACCAAGGCCUUUGAGCAUUCCCCCACACAUGGUCUAUGUAUGUCGUUGAAUUGGAAUUUUCAACAGCGAACUAGGUCCUGACCAGUCAUGCUAGAUCGGACCAACAACCGCUCUCGCCGUUGACGUUAGCCUGUGGUUGUCGAUCUCACCCUUGGGCUGAACCUACUCGACACGCUAAGAGCGGCUUCACCUGAAUGAGAUUCCGCAUAAUGAACCGCCCACCAAGUUUGGGAUCGGCACAACACCGGUCCAAACUCGUCGGCUUCAUGGCGAGUUUUGGCUUGUUUGGUCUCAUGGCACCUGCAUGCUGUACAUUGGCCCUUUGGCGAAGUGGCCAGGUUCUUCCCCUGUUUACCUACGGCUUCUUCAGUGCUCUAUCGUUUUUCCUCUAUGCCUAUGAUAAAUAUCGAGCAACGACCCGUGGCUGGAGAGUCCGAGAAGUGCUUCUUCAUACACUCGAUUCCCUUGGUGGCUGGCCUGGGGGCAUGCUCGCUCAAAGUCUCUUCUAUCAUAAGACGAGAAAGUCGUCUUUCCAACUCGUGUUUUGGGCUACCGUUGUCGUGCAUGAGGCGUUUUGGCUCCGUUGGCUGCUGUCUUAACCGACAUACCUCAGAAUCCCCUGAGCAAUGCACAACACUCUAGUUAAGGCUUGCUCAAUCAUGACAUGUCACUUUCAUGUGUCAACAAAUGACACAUGAAGCCGCCACAUUAUCCAAUGCGAUAAUCGAAGCAUUGCUCGGGACAAGUCCCCAGUUGAUGCCCAGAAAUGCAAGCAGAAAACCUGUAUACUUUGACCAAGUCCGUGACGUUUCUGUCUCAAUUAAGGAUAGUGUUGCUGGUGGUUGAAAACUAGACCCUUUGAUAUUCGCAAUCGAACU